ACUCCACUCUGCGCUGCACUCCUUUUGUGUUGUCAUCCGAAACCGGGAAUUGUCUCUGCACCAGGAUCGCCUCUAAUAUCAACUGAAAUGGCACCCAAGAAGGACGUUAAGGCUCCCGUCAAGAAGGCCGAACCCGUCAAGAAGGCCGAACCUGCAGCACCUGCACCUGCACCAGAGCCAGCACCCGCACCCGCUGCUGCGCCGACCUGUCCGCAGUCGACCUGUCCGCAAGUCAAGAUCGAUUUCAGCCCAGACCAGAUCGAUGACUACAGGGAGGCCUUUGGUCUGUUCGACAGGGUCGGUGACAGCAAGGUGGCUUACAACCAGAUCGCUGACAUCAUGCGUGCUCUGGGACAGAACCCCACCAACAAGGAGGUCAACAAACUGCUGGGAAUGCCCAACGCUGAAGACAUGGCUGGCAAGAGAGUAGAUUUUGAGGGUUUCCUGCCCAUGUUCCAGACCAUCAUGAACAGCCCGAACAAGGCCGGAUUUGAGGACUAUGUUGAGGGUCUGCGCGUCUUUGACAAGGAGGGCAAUGGCACAGUGAUGGGUGCUGAGCUGCGUAUUGUUCUGUCAACACUGGGAGAGAAGAUGAAUGAGACUGAGAUUGACGCUCUCAUGGCAGGACAGGAGGACGAGAACGGCUGUAUCAACUAUGAGGCCUUUGUCAAGCACAUCAUGUCUGUGUAAGGACCCUGCCACUGUGGCAUUGUGUAUGUGCAGACCCCAUGGUGUCGAGACAUCCACUCGCUGUUCCCUGUGCCACCUGAGGAAGCAGGGGAACAAAGAACUAUGAGAUGUCAUUUCCUUCUCCUUUUUUUUCCUUUUGUCCAACUGGUGCUUUUUUUCUCUCCUCCUCCUCCUCCUCCUCCUCCUCCUUCUCCUCCUGCUGUUCGGCAAGCCGCCCUGAUUUCCCGCGAGAUGUUUUUUUCCUCAUCUUCACACAAGUCACCGUGUCUCAAUGGGGAUUUCUAUCAUCACUGGUUUUCAAAGUUGAGCGGUGAUGGAGGGGAAGGUGGGAUAAUGAUGGCCACCCCCUCCUGCCAUUAGGAGUCUGUCUGGCUCUCUAGCUGCCAGUGAAGUGACAAGUCUGGCCCAGGACUGGCCAUCAAUAUGAAUCUACUCCUCCCCCAAUCCAUCCCUAGGUCUUAACUUAUUGUAUCCUCUGCCACAAUAAACUUUUCACAAACUCCC